AACGUCGUCACACAUAGUCGUAAUUACUAUCAUCCCCCUUCUCCCGCCGCCGUCUUCCCUCCCCCUCCCCGGGGGACUGACUCUCUUCCCUCAUCGGACAUUGACUGCCUGCGUUCCCGCGUGCCCCCGCCCUCUCUCUCAAUCGCCACCAACCGCCACACCAACAAGCAGCAUCACCAUCAUCGUCAUGUCCUCCUCGUCAUCGGCACAGCACCACCACCAGCCGCCGUCGUUGUCACUAUCGACGUCGCCGCGCCAGACGACGGCCACGACGGCCACGUCCACGGCCACGGCGACGUCGACGUCGACGUCGAGGUCCCUGUCGCCGCCCACGUCGCUGUCACAACACGCCCUCCAGCAGCAGCAGCAGCAGCAGCAGCAAAACCAGCAUCCACUACACGACGACCACCAACACCAACAGACGCAAACGCAAACACAGGCACAGACGCCCACACAGCAGCAACAACAACAGCAACAACAAUCACACCCUUCUUCCCCGCCCCUCGCGCCGCUCUACCCGCACCUCCCCUCCCCCUCGUCGGAGCGGCACGUCGCCGAGGCGCGCGCCGCCGUCGUCGCCUCCAUCGGCAACAUGCUCGACUCGCAGCUGCAGACGCGCGCCUCGGUGCUGCACGACAACGCCGCCGCCCUCGACCGCCAGGAGCGCGACGUCGUCGCCGCCGCCGAUGCCCUCCGCCAUGAGCGCGAGCGCCUCGCCCGCGAGGCCGACGCCGCCGCCCGCAGGCUCAAGGAGCUCGGCAACGUCCAGAACUGGGCCGAGGUCCUCGAGCGCGGCUUCCUCGUCCUCGAGGAGACGGUCCGUCUGGCCAACGGCGCCGGUAGUGACCAUGACGACCACGACGGUGGAGACGGCGGCAGCGGCAGCGGUAGCAGCUGCACCAGCUGUAGCUGUAGCGAGUGUGGGAGGGAGCGUGCCGAUGCCGGCGGCCCUGAGGAGGAAAUGGAUGUGGAUCUGGACCUGGCUGGCCGAAGGGGCGGCCCCCCUGGCAAGGACGUCGAGACGGACGCCAUGGCCGUGGACGCGGACGGCACGCGCAGCGCCUGGUCCGACACGAGCCGCAGUCUCAUGGAGCCCGAAUCAAGUACAGGGACAGGCAGGGCAAAGGGAUCCGACACUGCGUCUCUCUCUACCGGCUCUUCGUCCAAAGACGUGACCUAGGAUGAUGGAAGCUUACAAGCGCACCGUAUGACGAUUACGAUGAAUGAUGAUCACGGCCAAGCUCGCGCAACGAAUACACGAUCAAAUACCGUUUCAAACCCGCUCCAUGCCCAUUGUAUCAAUACGUUAUGUAUUCCCUUUUCUGCCCCAGCACAUCCCACUCUCAUUCUUUUGGUGUAGUUGCACACUUGCGACGCUGGUAGCAGCGAGGCUUAUCCUCCCAUAGCAGAG